GUGAACCCACGUGGAAAGUGGAAACCAUAGGGAGUACCGCGGUAGUACACCGAUAGCACGCCCAGAUGAGCCUCCUCUGUUCGCGCUCCAUCAGUGCCCCUCCCCCGUCUUCUCUGGCCUGCUCGCUGAAACCCUCGAGAAGACGAAAACCUCAGCUAUUUCCCUCCAUUACUCCUCUCGUUCGCUCGCGUUUGAUCCGUUCCUCGGCUCCCUUCACGCCUUUGUCUCCUUCGAAAUCUGUCUCCCUCGAGACCUUCAUCGAUCCCCCGAGAGCGGCAUGGCAGCAGCCACAGUACGUGUAUCCCGAUCCGAUCCCCGAAUUCGCCAUUGCCGAGACGCAGAAGUUCGAACGCGAGAUUCGGAAGAAACUUUUGAAGAACAAGGAGACUUUUGGCGAUGACAUCGAUGCGGUCGUGAAGGUCUGCGCUGAGAUAUUCAAUGACUUCUUGCACAAGGAAUAUGGAGGUCCAGGGACGCUCCUGGUGGAGCCUUUCACGGAUAUGCUGCUCGCACUCAAGGAGAAGAAACUCCCAGGGGCUCCAGUGGCAGCAAGGGCAGCUCUGCUGUGGGCGCAAAACUAUGUAGACCAGGACUGGGACAUCUGGACCUCCCAACAUUCCAAAUGAGAAUUUGAGGUAGAUUCUAGAUGAUUUCCUUAAAAACUUGCCGUUCUCUUGUGAACUUUACCAAAUUAUUGUUACGAUAUUGAUUGACCUCUGACCGUAAAUCUCUCAGGAGAAGUUAAUCACAUGUUUUCAAAA